AUGCAUCUGGUCAAGUCAAUUGCAACGGGACUGCUGCUCACUGGCAGCGUGCUGGCCUCGGCAGUCCCUAAACCAGCGCCAGUAGCCCAGGCUGCAAAGGAGCACCGGCAUUCUGCUCACAAGAUUGCGCCCAAGGUCUUCAUCGUCUCCAUGUUCAAACCCGAAGCCGCCGUCUGGUGGAACAUCCCCGAGUUUGAUCUCUUCGCGCACAACAUCACGGUGCCUGGUGCCUCGCCCAUCUAUCCCGACGUCUACUGCACCGCCGACUACAGCAUCUGCCAGCUCAUCACCGGCGAAGGCGAGAUCAACGCAGCCGUCACCGUCUCCGCUGUCGCCUUCUCCCCGCUCUUCGACCUCACACACACCUACUUCCUGAUCGCAGGCAUCGCCGGCGUUAACCCCAAGAUCGCCACCAUUGGCGGCGUCACCUUCGCCCGGUACGCCGUGCAGGUCGCCCUGCAGUACGAGAUCGAUAUCCGCGACCUCGGACCGAACUAUACCUCCCCCUACAUCCCCCAGGGCGCCUACGCACCCGGCCAGUAUCCGGGCAGCAUCUACGGCACCGAAGUCUUCGAAGUCAACGCCGAGCUGCGCUCGCUGGCCGCCUCCUUCGCCCGCACGGCGCAGCUGGCCGACUCCGAGACGGCAAAGACCUACCGCGCCAAGUACGCGACGGAAAAUGGUAUCUACACAGCCGGCACCCAGGGCCCCUCGAUCGUGGAGUGCGAUGUCUCCACGAGCGACGUCUACUUCAGCGGGACGAUCCUCGACGACGUCUUCGACAAUACCAUUGAGGUUCUCACGAAUGGGACGGGCGUAUACUGCACCACCGCGCAGGAGGACAACGCGACGCUCGAGGCGCUACUGCGCGCUGCGUCGCACAACCGCACGGAUUUCUCCCGGAUUAUCGUCAUGCGGACGGCGUCCGACUUUGACAGGCCGCAUCCCGGUGAGUCGGCGAUCGAGAAUCUGCUGUAUGCGGACCAGGGCGCGUUUGAGCCCGCGGUGCAGAAUAUCUACAAUGCCGGAAUUAAGGUUGUCGAGGGCAUUCUGGACGGCUGGAACAAGACAUUUGCGGCUGGUGUCAAGCCCAGCAACUAUAUCGGCGAUGAGUUUGGGACGUUGGGCGGGAAGGCGGAUUUUGGGCCUGGGAGGACGAUGGCAUUGCAAGAGGGAAAUGCGAUGAAGAAGAGGGGGAUUGCUAAGCGAGGGAGACGGCUGUAG